CCCGCAGCCCCCCGGCACUCAGCCCCGUCCCCCCAGGGCUCGGCGGACUCCUACACCAGCCGCCCGUCCCUGGACUCCGACGUGUCCCUGGAAGAGGACCGUGAGGGUGCCCGGCGCGAGGUGGAGAGCCAGGCCCAGCAGCAGCUUGAGAGGGCCAAGCACAAGCCAGUCGCCUUCGCCGUGCGCACCAAUGUCAGCUACUGUGGGGCGCUGGACGAGGAGUGCCCGGUGCAGGGAGCCGCCAUCAACUUCGAAGCCAAAGAUUUCCUGCACAUCAAGGAGAAAUACAGCAAUGACUGGUGGAUCGGGCGCCUAGUGAAGGAGGGGGGGGACAUCGCCUUCAUCCCCAGCCCCCAGCGCCUGGAAGCCAUGAGGCUCAAGCAGGAGCAAAAAGCCAGGAGAGCUGGCAACGCCUCGGGCCUCGGCGACAGCGGGAGCCGGCGAUCGCCUCCCCCCUCCUUAGCCAAGCAGAAGCAGAAGCAGACGCAGCACAUCCCACCCUACGACGUGGUGCCCUCCAUGCGGCCCGUGGUGCUGGUGGGGCCCUCGCUGAAAGGAUACGAG